GUCAACAAACCAGUUAUCAUAUUUUUUGUAUUCCAAAACAUUUUGGGGUUUCUUGAAUAAUCACCAGUGCUUGCAGGACGAGAUUUUCCAGAUUUGCAUAAUAACACAAUGGAAAAUCUGGACCGAGUGUGUCACUUGUGUCUCGGUCGAGAAAUGAACGACUUAAUUUAUUUAAACAACCAAGAACUAACAGCGAAGAUAGAUCGUGUAUUUUAUUUUCCGCUAACACAACUAACGCAAUCAAGUGGGCUCAUUUGUGGUACAUGCAAAACAACCAUAGAAGAAUUUUAUUGGUAUGCGGAACAAGUAGCAAGCAAUCAGGAACAGUUGAGUAACAAGAUACGGACGGAGUUACCCAAACAAAACCUUCGGGAAAGAGCUAUUGACCAUUCCGCUGAAGAUAAUGGUUCGUUGGCAGUGGAUCCUUUAUCAAACGAGAUUAAGCUUGAGAUUUUAGUUGAACCCACUCAAUCGAACGAUGAUUCCAUGACAAUCGACGAUGCAAAUGAUAAUUUUAUGUUGAAGGAAGAAAGCGAAAAUGUUCCGACAUCGGAUUCCGAAAUCGAACAAAAACCAACACAAAAAGAUCAUCGCGUAUCAAAACCUAAGGAAGUGGUUGAUGAACAAUCUCAAAUGAAAAAUGAACAGAAAGAAUCAUCAACAGUAUGUAUUCAGGGCGUAUCAACAAAUGAGGAAGUUAUUGAUAAACCCACCCAAGCCAGAAAUUUACGAUCAACUAACAACCAACAACAAACUGCAGGCGAACAAUCCAGCAAAGAACAAACGACCAAACUCACUCCUGAACAGUUAGUGCUGCAACACUACAAACUAACGUGCGAUAUCUGUUCGGCACCACUAAGCGAUUUUAGCGAUCUGUACAAACACUACAAGCUCACGCACAAAGUAACGGGCUAUUUGCGAUGUUGCAAUAGAUCGAUCUACAAGAAAUGCUGGAUGAUAGAACACCUGCAGCUACACCUAAAUCCGGACACCUUCCGAUGUGAACGGUGUGCGAAAAGCUACUCCUCCAGCAAAGUUCUUAAGGAACACAUCAAGGAGGUACAUGCUUCCGAUGCUGAACGUUCCUUUCCCUGCACCACAUGCCGCAAAGCAUUCGUUUCGCGCUCCCACCUUAAUGCACACAUAAUGGUAGCGCACGAUACUGUACCGUGUCCGCAAUGUGAAAAGGUACUGUCUAGCCGAGGCUCUCUUCGGAAGCAUCUGGUUGCGGUUCAUGGCGAGGGUGAAAAGCAUGUAUGUGAGGUGUGUGCCCGCGUGUUUCGAACCAAGCAAUGCUUCGAAGCACAUCGGAAGGAACACGAAGGACGCCGCCUAGAGAGCAAGGUACAAUGCGAACUGUGUAAUGCUUGGCUCAUUAACAAGUACUGUCUUACGAAGCAUAUACGUCGUAAACAUACGCAACAUGAAGGUGGAGAGGUUGUAUGUGAGACGUGCGGCAAACAUGCACCCAACCAGGACGCGCUGAAACUUCACAUGUGGCGAGUUCACAGUGGAAGCCGAUUCGAAUGUGAAUGGUGUCAUAAAAAAUUCAAUCGUCCACAUCAUAUGAAAGAACAUGUCGCCAUUCAUCACACUGGAGAGGAACUGUAUGGUUGCCAGCAUUGUUCAGAACGAUUCAACACAAAAAACAAGCUAUAUACCCAUCGCAAAACCGUUCACCCACAGGAAUAUGCGGCAGAGCUUAGGAAACGAAUGUUAAAAGAAUAACUAAAUCUAACAAUCAACAGUGGUCUCUAAUAAGUAUUACACUACACGUAAAACGUUAUUAGGGGCGGACCGGUGGUGUAUGUGAUAAACGGCACCGGUUCCAGACAACAGAACCGGGUAUCAAAUCCCAUUCGUACCGUCCCUUCGUAGCAAGGACUGACUAUCCGGCUACGCGGUAAAAAAGUCUAGUUAAGCCAACAAGAGAGAGAGAGAGAGAGAGAAUAACACAUUAUG